GCACUACAUGUUUUCAUAUCAAUGCGAUCCACACUAGGAAAAUCUCCAUAUAUCAUUCAGUAGGUGACAUCGAAAGAUCAUUGAAACACAUCAGUCACGACAUUAUGAUCAUUAGGCGCUUCAGUUGAGAGAGUCAGUGAGUCAACGUUCCUCAUCCGAUUAACAUUAGCAUUAAAUAUACCAACAGGCUGAUAUGAGCUGGAUUAACUGAUCAUCUGAUGUAAGUUAUGAAGCUUAAAGAGCUGGAGAGCUGCCUUCAGCAGGUGGAUGGAUUUGAGGAGCCCAAAAUACUCCUGGAGCAGUACCCCACCAGUCCACAUAUAGCGGGCUGCAUGUUAUACACCAUACACAACACAUUUGAUGACAUACAGAAUAAACUAGUUGCAGACCUGGGCUGUGGAUGUGGAGUUCUGUCUAUAGGAGCUGCAGUCCUUGAUGCUGGACUGUGUGUUGGAUUUGACAUCGACGAUGACGCCUUGGAUAUAUUCAAAGGAAAUGUUGAGGAAUUUGAAUUGUCAAACAUUGAUGUGGUCCAGUGUGACGUGUGCUCAAUCGGAUCCUCUUACGGCAAGAAGUUUGACACGGUCAUUAUGAACCCACCAUUUGGCACCAAGCACAACCAGGGUAUUGACAUGCAGUUCCUGCAGACAGCGAUUUCUAUGGCAAGUACUGCAGUGUAUUCCCUUCACAAGACCUCAACACGAGAUCACAUCCAGAAGAAAGCAAAUGACUGGAAAGUGAAAAUGGAAGUUAUUGCAGAGCUCAGAUAUGACCUGCCGGCAUCUUAUAAGUUCCACAAAAAGAAGUCGGUUGAUAUUCAAGUGGACUUCAUUCGGUUCACUCCAACAUAAACUUUUUGGGGAAAAAGCAGUUUGUGUUGCUUUGCAACAUUUUAGUAGGGUUUUUCAUUGUUGUACAAAAUAAAUUUUAUACAUUUACAUACUGUAUCAUUUUUGGGUGGGUAUCACAGAAAUGCCAGCAUUACUGUAGGAUUAACAAACACUAUUGUUGAAACUUUUACAUUUGUGCUUUUCACAUUUUUGGCAGCAUUCACAGUUGAGCAUCAUCAUCAUCACACUGACUAAAAACAAUAAAAUACACAUCACACACAUUUUCUUUAGAAAAAUCCUGGAUUCACAAUUGUAUUACAAAUUCAAAAUCAUGAUAAGAUACUGAUUAAUAAAUAAAUACAUUUAAAUCA